GGUUCUUGUUCCAAGGAAUAGAAAGAAUAAGAAGGUAGUUUGAUCACAUCACAAUAGUUUGAUCACAGAACACCAGGACAUUUAUCAGACAAGGCUGCAGUGCCUCAAUAGCACUGAUUCAACCAGGAAUGAAGGUGACUCAACUAGACUGUCUGUGUGUGAUUCUUCUACAUCUCCUACACACAGCAGGCUCUGUUGCUUAUGUAGUGUUAAGGUGCAUAACCUAAGGUGGAUUCCUCUCCUAGUCUCCUUUCCUUCCUCUGCACUGAUGUAAGAACUAAACUAAAGAGAGGUUUGAGGUUCUUGGUCCAACUGAUGUCAUUGCUGUUGUGGCUGGUGAUGACAUCAUUCUGCCCUGUUACCUCAAACCCAACAUCAGUGCUGAGGACAUGACAGUGGAUUGGCUGAACCUGGACUUCAUAGACGACCGUGUCUAUCGUUACCAAAACCACAGAAUUAUACAAGAGGAUCAGAUUCCCUCCUAUAGAGGAAGAACUUCACUGUUUAAAGAGGAACUGUGGAGGGGAAACACCUCUUUGAAACUGACCAGGGUACAAGGCACUGAUGAGGGACGUUACAAAUGCUUAAUUCAGUCAAAGAGCUGGUAUGAUGAUUUCACUAUUCAAGUCCUCGUUAAAGCUGUAGGAUCCAAGCCAGUGGUGUCCAUUGAGGGACACAGAGAGGGAGGGAUGGGUCUGCUGUGUGAAUCAGAAGGCUGGCACCCUGAGCCUGAGCUGCUGUGGCUGGACAGUAAAGGAGUCCAUUUCUCUGCUCGAACUCUUGAGACACACAGAGACUUCAAGGGAUUCUACAGAGUCAAACAACAUGUCAUUGUCCAGGAGACUGACACCAACCGCUUUACCUGCAGAGUCCAACAGAGCCGGAUCAAUGAGAAGAUGGAGACAGAGGUUCACCUCCCUAGUGAGUUAUUUGACACAACCCCAUGGAAAAUGUCCUUGAUUGUGUUAUGCUGUUUGGGAGCCAUCACUGUGAUUGGGUUAGCUCUGGCUAUCUACUGCAUAUGCAAUAAUAAAGAUAACCUCACCGAGCAGCGAGAUGACCUCAAGAAGGAGAAAGAUGACCUCACUGAGAAGCUAGAUGACCACAAAAGGAAGCUAGAAAUACUGACUUCUCAGCUGGAUUUUGUGAACACAAACUGGAGUCCAGAUGUUGAAACCAUCAGAAGACAUGCAGUGGAUUUGACUCUAGACCCUGAUUCUGCACAUUGUAACCUCAUCCUGUCUCAGGACGGGAAACAAGUGAGACAUGGAAAACUAAAUCAGGUUCUCUCUGACUACAGGAAGAGGUAUAAAAAUUGUUCCGGUAUCCUCGGAAAUGUGGGCUUCUCAAGGAAGUUCUACUAUGAGGUGCAGGUGGAGGGGAAGACUGAGUGGACUUUGGGAGUGGUCAGAAGGCCCAUCAAUAGGAAUGAAAGGUCUAGACCGAUCCCUUAUAAAGGAUACUGGACUGUGGAGCUGAAGAAUGGAGAGUACACAGCUCACGCUGAUUCCCCUGUCACCCUCUCCCUGAGAGAGAAGCCCCAGAAGGUGGGGGUGUUUGUGGAUUAUGAGAAGGGACAGGUUUCCUUCUUCAAUGUGGAGGACAGGUCUCAUAUCUACUCUUUCACUGGCUCCAAAUUUUCUAAGAAACUCUAUCCAUUCUUCAACCCUGGUGGUUCAGAUAGUGUUUCACUGGUCAUCUGUCCUGUAGAUGCCACUGACUGACUGUUUUAAAUCAAACAAGGCAGAUACAGUAUAAACAGCAGUAACUCCUAUUGAGACUUAAUGUACAUGAGUUGUUAGUUAUAGAUUUCCUGUCAAUCUUUGUUGUUGUUGUAGAGUGGACAAGUUGAUUGUUUAUUGGAUAGGACAGAGAGGUAAAGGUAGGAAUGUUGAAAGGACAAUGGGUUGGAUCUGAACCCAUUCUGGUACUGGACCAUCCCAGACCACUGAUUUCUUGUCAAUGUUUGACUUAUCUUUGACAUGUCUUUCACCAAUCCCUUGGACUGUUCUGUAUUCAUUAUAGUGUUAUAUAUAUAUUUUUAUUCUCUGUGUUUUCUAAAAGUAUAGUGCUUUCUGUGGUGGUGGGACAAGCCAGCAACAAAUAUGUAGCUUUGUGCCGUGAUUGGCUCUGUGUUCUGUCUCUCAUGGGGACACUACGUCACCACGAAGUGGAAGGGUAGUGUCGUGUCUUUGGCAUCAUUAAAACUGAAGACUUAUUUAUA